AUGAUCAACCAAGACCUGGUAGCACCUUUUCUAGGUGCGCUUCAAGCAUGUGUCUCGGUUCUACUAACUAUGAGCUACGGCAUCGCCGCACGUCGUCUAGGUCUCAUCCAUGAUGCAGCAAUCAACGACAUGUCCGGUCUAGCAGUGAAACUAUUCCUGCCCGCACUGAUCAUCGUCAAUCUCGGCGAACAGCUUCAUUGGGGUACAGUAAUGAACUACAUCCCUGUCAUAUUCUGGUCAAUCAGCUAUACAUGCGCUUCAAUUGGAAUUGUACAUGUCAUUUCAAGAAUGUUCAAUCUCCCUCAAUGGGUCAAACCUGCAUGUUCCUUCAAUAACACCACUUCUCUACCUCUUCUCCUCCUCGAUGCCCUCGACAGCGUUGGCUCCCUACGUCUGAUCCUCCGCAAAGGCGAAACGACUUCAGAAGAAAUCGAUCGCGCACAAAGCUAUUUCCUCGUCUGCGCAGUGAUAAGCAAAACAAUAGCUUACGUCGUCGGGCCGAGAAUGCUUCAAGAUCACAAAUCCAUAUCCAUACCCCCUUCGUCUGGCUAUGAGCCAGAAUCCAACCUCAAUGAUCGCAAUCAUACCGAAGAAUCCCAGGACGAACUACUCACAGAAACAACAUCACUUCUACCUCAAUUAACACAACCACGAAUUCGCACCUUGAAAGCACAUAUAAAAAGGUAUAAAAGCCGUCUCUCAUCUCUCCUUCCAACUCGCAUGAAACAAAACUUCAUGGCCUCCUUCGGAUCCCCAUUCGCAGAUGUAGUAAUCUGCUGCACACUUCUCGGGGCAAUACUCGGUCUUGUACCUACACUCCAUCGUGCUUUUUUCGCGCGUGAUGAAGAUGGUGGGAUCUUUCAUGCGUGGUUAACAACUAGUAUACGGAACCUGGGACGAUUGUUUACUACCUUACAGAUUUUUCUUGUGGGUUGUAAACUUGGCGUUACGAUAGAGAGAAUGAUUCUUGAGAGAAGAGGGCAGAGGAAUGGCAGUAGGGAUGAAACUACUGCGGAGUAUUCUGAGCGGGAUGGGAGUUCGGGCAGGAUUCCAGUCCGCUCUAUGGUUUUUAUUUUCAUCUUUCGGUUGGUCCUUUGGCCGGCUGUUAGUAUUUCGAUGAUUUAUGGGCUCGCGAAGACUAGAGUUCUUGGUGAUGAUCCUAUGCUUUGGUUCAGUAUGAUGCUCAUGCCCGCCGGACCUCCUGCAUUGGUCAUUUUGGGGUUGGCGGAGUUGGCGCAGGCUUCUGAGGGAGAGAAGAUGGCUAUUGCGAAGAGCUUGACGAUUAUGUAUGCCCUCUCUCCAGUCGUGUGCUUUACUAUUACUGGGGCCUUGAAGGCUGUUGAAGCUGUUUUGGAUGAGGAAUCAUGA